UCUGUCAGUUCCAAAGCCUCCUGAAGUCUCCUCAUAUUCAGACUUUAGCUCGCACACACAUCGAUACACGGCGCACACGUCACGUCACUUUGAAAUCUCCCGCCUGAAUUCCACACCAGCCCGCAUCACAGGCAUAAUGCAGAGUCCGACGAAUGUUAUACUGAUUGCGUGCCUGUGUGUGGUCAUCAGCAUGGCCAUGCCCUGCUGGAGUGACCCUCUACCAGCAAGCGCCGAGAUUGCCUCUCGUCCCACCAGACCCAAAGUCUUCACCUCCCCAGAUCAGCUCAGAGACUACCUGCAGGAACUCGGCAAUUACUACGCCAUCGAGGGUCGCCCCAGGUUUGGUAAGCGUUUAGCAACACCGGCAUUCAGACCUAGUAACAAUCCUCUAGGACUUCCGGUACCAUCAGGACUGUCAUCUGUUGCAUCUCGCAGUAACUACCUUCGAUACCCAGCGCAGUCUGGCGUCAGAAAUGAUCUCUAUCAGCUGCUUUUCCCUUAUGACGAGUAAAAUCCCUAUGCAUCAUGGCCUCUCGCAAACAUCGCAUCGCUUUUCGUAUCAGUACUGUUUCGUUUUGUUUCUAACCUCACUUUUCGUAUACUGACAUGACCUAAAACUUGUGAUCCUUGAAUAUUAAUCAUUCUUUAUUACCCGAGAUGCCCUCAUAUGUAUGUUUGGUUUAUAAUAACAACAAUUUAAAAGAAUUAAAUUGUAUUUAAAUUCUUAAUGUCAUAUAUUUUUAUUCAAGAAACUAUUCUUACGUCUCAAAAAGUAAACGUUCUAACUAUUAUAACUAUGAACAAUGAAACCAAGAGAAACCUGGAUAAGGGAUUUGAACUAAUAGAUUUUAAUUUUAUAUUAAACACUAUCCAAAUCUUGGUCCCCAUUUCAUAACUGGAAGAAGGAUUGUAAUUUCACAGUAAAUUAACUAGAAAUUUUAUGAAAGUCACUCCAUUUUGGAAAAAAAUUAUAGUUGUAAUUUACCAUAUGAAUAACUGCGUAAGAUUUUAAUAUAUAUUUUAAAUUAAUUAAAUAUUAUUAAUUGACUGUUCUUUCCUGAAGUACAGUUGUCAAAAACCUAACAAUUAUAUGAACAACAGUGACAGAACAACUAAUUUCAUAUACAGUUAAAACCGUAUUUACAAAUGGAUUGUGUGUAUUCAAUUUUUGAUUUUAAACUUUGCAGAAUUAAAUAAAAUUGAAUAAAUUAAAUAACUUUUAACAUAUUUCAGUAAUUUAUUGCGGGACUGACAAUUAAAUUAUUAUUCUGGAGACGUUAAAGUACCAUAAUUUAUAACAAGAUGCAGACAACUGUGAAUGUGUAAUAAGUUUUCCAGAAUGGAGAGCGAAGCUUUGUAAUUUAACCCAAUCACCUCCCCAAAUUAGGCGUGUGUUAAAUCACUGUGUGACUCAUUGUCUGGGUAGCAAUUCUCUUCUUAGAAACUUUCACAACAAUUAGCAAGAGAAAGAGACUCCGAGACCUCAAAGUGACAUUUAAACCUACCACUAUUUACUUACUUAUAUCGCAGAGUUAAUUCCAUUGCGGUUGUGAUGUUCAAUAGUAUUCUGCUGUGAAAACAGAGUUGUAUUUUAAAGUGACAAAUCAGUAAUUAAACAGAGAUAAUAAAGGUUUUCUUCUUUCCUAUGAA